UGCUUUUCUGAGGACGCUGGGCGGACCCUGCAGCAUGAGCGCUGCACUGGCUUUCUUUCUUCCUGCCUGGUGAUGGGACUUUGCCUUUCUGCACGGAUCUCAAACGUGGCUUUUAACAGGGACCGCCUAGACCACUGCGGUGUGAAUACAACCGUGCAGGUCUCUGAGCAGGGGCCGAGUGAUUCUCCUCCAGUGGCAGUCCGUUAGGCACUGGAGUGAGAGAUUUUAUGAAGUUAGCAGGAUUUCUCUUUGCGUCUAUCUGUGCUUGGUACUUAGGAUCCUUAUUUGCAUAUAUCAUACCAGAAGACUCACUUACAGCAACCAUUGAGCACAUUCAGAAAGUUGGAGAAAAACCAGUACUUAGGGCCCCACCGCCAAAAAGACAGAAGUGUGAUCAUUGGUCUCCAUGUAAACCUGGGAGUUAUGCUUACCGCUUACUCAGUGGUGGAGGCAAAGAGAAGAUGGCAAAAAUCUGCUUUGAAGAUCAACAGCUCAUAAGUGAAGAAAAGAAAAAUGCAGGGAGAGGCAUCAACAUUGCCAUUGUGGACUAUGACACAGGAAAGUGUAUAGAUGCAAAAUAUUUUGACAUGUGGGAAGGAGAAUUCUCUGCGAGUAUGAUAGACUUUAUCAAAAAGGCUCCACAAAGAUCACUGCUCCUGAUGGUGACUCACGACGAUGGAAGCACCAAGUUAAAGGAGGAUGCAAAAAAGGUGAUAGAGGACCUCGGCAGUAAAGAAAUACAAAACAUACGAUUCCGGUCAAGCUGGGCUUUCAUAGCUGCAAAAGGUUUCAAGCUGCCAGAUGACCUAGAGAAAGAAAAGAUCAACCAUUCUGACAAUAAGAAGAACCGAUACGGAGGCUGGCCAGCUGAAAUCCAGAUAGAAGGCUGCAUCCCCCCAAAUCUACACUGAAUUUUUAUAUUAAACUAUACUGACAAAGUAGUUCAUUAUGUUUCCAUCUUAUGUUAUUGUAAAAAUGUGUUUGCCGGAGGCUGCAAUGUCAGGCUUUGGGUGAAAAUUCCAGUAUUUACUUUUAAUAUAAUUAAUUUUUUAACAAUCAUGUACAGCCAUGUUAUGGCUUGUCAGAGUUUUUUCCUAUCUAUGGGACAUGCACCAUCAGUGAUCUUUUACGAGUAUUCUAAGAAAAGCAGCUUAGAAUCUGAUUCACUAAGUUCACAGAGUUAUUGCAAGAUAUGAAUACUGAGUAUGUUGGGUUUUAAGUUUUCAUUAUUCAGCAGUACAUUUUCAAAGUUAAUAUUGUUAAGAAAGAAUGCAAGUUGUGUGCCCUCCUCUCCCCUUCCCUUAAACAUACUUCAGCUAAAGCUAACCAUGGCCAUUUUCUCACUGCUUACCAGCCCUGGAACAUCAUGCCAAGCUCCCAGAACGACAGCAUCUUCCUGGCGCAAUUUCACGCCAGGAAGAUGUCAUUCCAGGAGCUUAGUGCAAUGUUCUGUUGCCGGUAAGCAGUGUGAAAACGGCCCAUGAAAAUAGUGGUUAUACGACUAACACAAUUUGUACUUGAAUGUACAUGUAUUUAUUACGUGAAUGUUUCUGAAAGCAUUAAAGAGGAUUUCAUAUUUAAA